CUCUCUCUCUCAUCAUAGUUGAUCAUCUAUCAGUGUUACAUUCGCUAUUAUGGCGGUUGGAAGAGAUGAGAUGAGAGGCGUAACGGGGCUUCUCUUAGUAGUCAAUUUAGUGUUGUAUCUCAUCAUAAUUGGUCUAGCUAGUUGGUGUUUUAACCAAGAAAUCGACCUCAAAUUGUUUAACCGUCAUUUUGGCGGGAAUACGGCCACGGUCUUCGUGUUGAUAUAUGCAUUGCUUGGUGGAGUCAUAGGUGCGAGUUCGGUGAUAGCUGGAUUCAUACAUAACAGGGCUUGGAGCAGAGAUAGUUUGGGCAAUGCUACUUCCACGGCACUCAUUUCCUUUGCUGUUACAGCUCUUGCUUUUGGACUUGUAUGCAAGGAGAUCGCACUGGGGGGAUACAGAGGAAAUAUUCUGAAAACAUUGGAAAUAGUCGUCAUCGUAUCGACAUUUUUCCAGAUGCUGUAUUUGCUGCUCUUGCAUGCAGGCAUGUACAGCAGCAGGUACGGACCUGCUUAUUCGUAGUCGCUAUGGCGGGACCACCGGGUUGGCCACGCCUCCUGUCAUGUUCAAAGUAGAUCUUCCAUACAUCGGACAAAGCCAUUGUUCACAUAAAGUGUGCCACGGGAAUAAUAUAUAUAUAUAUAUAUAUAUAUUAUUCAUUUUUCUUACGUAUACCUACGUAUACCUUUGGUUUAUGUUACGAAUAAAUAUAUACCGUAAAGAAGUGAAGAUCUGCAUGUUUAUGGUUAGUUUACUAAUUGUAAGUUCUAUACAAGAGAACUGAUGGUUUAUUGGUACGCAUAUGGUUUGAUUAAUUUGUUCU